UACUCUGGUGAGCCAGCUUCGAAAUUAAUUUGUUCGCAACAGAGACAGAGCAUUUUCCAAAAAUGUUUUAAAAUGUGCUGCAGAAUGAUGGAGGGGAGAUCUCAUUUAGGAUUGAAUAAUGCCACUUUGCAGCACAUUUCAGAAAUUUACACAAUUUUCCAAAAUGUUCUAUCUUUGUCGCAGACAAGUAAUUGCGAGCCUAGGUAUAUUUCUGCAAUUGUCUGCAAUUUCGAAAGACUGACACAUCGAUUGACACCGAUAAUGUACUAAACUUGUGACUGCCUGACGUUUGGCGUAUGCAGAUUACAAUGUUUUACAAAGAGAUGUGACACAGAUCUGUUUAUUAACAAAAAUAUUAAAAAUUGAUUGAUGAACUUCCAACUAGAAUAUAAGAUCUGGUCAUAAACAUUCCAAAACAUGUAGACAAUUUAGUAAAAUGAACUGUUUUGACAUGUAUUAUAUGUGAUGCAUAACAGGUAAAAGUACCAAAAUUGAAAAAUUCUGGAAGACCAAGAUGGUUAUUUCUUAGAUUUCAUGAGUAUCCAGGAGAGAUGGUACCUAGUAAAAUUGAAUUUUGUUAAUGUUAGGAUAUUUUAAGUAGUGUUUACAAAUUUUAUUCCCUAUGUUGAGUACAUGAGGGUUAUGAUUAAUGCUAAUAAGAGAUAUUAAGCAGAUAAAAAAGUCAAAAAAUGUAAUAAAAUUUUGAUUACUACUAUUGAAGGCAAUGUCAACAGCAUCUGUGAGUGCAAUACACUCAGCCAUAAAAAUAGAUGCAUUUUUACUUAUGUUUUUUACCGCUGAUAUGUUCAAAUUGUGGCAGACACAGGUUGUUAUAACCACAGUGGUAUCCUUAAUUUUAUUCUAAUUUGUGAAUAUAAAAAGUACACCUUUUUUAUGCAAGAAAUGUUUAAUUAAGAGGUUGGAUUCUUUUAGAUUUAACCAUAGUUCGACCAAAGUCAACGUCAAUAUGAACUUCAUUAAGUAGGGUGAAAUAAUUAUACUUGUAUACAUUAUAACAAUUAGAAGAAUGUAUACAACCAGUUAAAUUAUCUUGAUCUUUUAAACAUUGAAGUGUUAUAAAUUAAUAGUCCUGUGUUAAAAUGGAUUUUAAAAAGAUAUGAACGGGGUGGGACCCAGUAGAAACGUGGAAGAGUAGGACCCAAUAAGUACAUGCAGGAAACCAUUACAAUAUUUGACAGAAUAUUGAAACGUGUGUGUCUGUUUAAGGAAGAUUUAUUACCACAGUUAAAGACUUCGAGCUGAAACUACUCAAAAGUAGUAGCAAUAGGAAAAACGAAGACAAUGACAGCAACAGCAAUUACGAAGCGUUUAUCACAAAACACGUUAUCUUCAAGGUCGAUAUGUACACCGUUAAAUUAAAGAAUGGUAUUAUACCGGAGAAAAUUAGUAUAUCGCCGGAGAAAUGCAACAUCCGGCGAUGUACUAAUUUUCUCCAGUGUAAUGCAAUAGAACAACACAAACGAUUAGCUACCAAGCAUCUCCUUCGAUACCGAAAUAAGUUUUCUAGUGACGCAUCAAUUGUUUAACCAACAAGUUUAUGGAGUUUAGCGAGUUCAUAAUUUUGGAGAAGCAGCUGUUAGGUGAUAGUGAUGAUGAUUGAUUAAAAAAAAUAUGCUCCAGAGGUGAAGAAACGGCUACGAAGUUUGAAUCUCAUAGCCGUUUCUUCACCUCUGGAGCGCGUGGUCGCCGAAUCGUACAAGAAACUCUGCAAAUUUGAGUAAGAAAUAGCAACAUUACAUCUGUAAAAAUUGCACACCAAGAGGCACUGAAGAGGAUUUCUGAGCUGGAGAAACAGAGAAAGAAAUGAACUCGAAUGCAUCAAUACUAAAUUACUAGCUAAAUUAAGUCAAAAGACAUCCGAAUUGGAAUCGACAGCAACCUUGGAGACAUGAAUUCUUGGACAAAUGGAAUUUGCUUUUCUUUUAAAUGUAAUAAAAGACUAUUUGAAAUAACUUAAAAUAUAAAUAUGAAAUAUAAAAAGAUGAUAUACAACUAUUGUCAAAAUUAUAUUGUAAAACAAUAGUUCCACUCAAAGUCUGUGACAUAUUAGAUAGUUCAAUGAAACUCUAUUGAUCGAGACAUAGUUUCCAUUGUGUUAGCAGAUUAUUGUCUUUUAUAAAUUUUCUUCCAAUGGAUAUGCUCGUUUCAGUAUUCUGUCAGAUAUUUAAACGGUUUCCUGCAUGCGUGACGUUCUCUGUAAAUAUAUAUAGGGAUGGUGAACUGGAGAAGAGAAGUCGUGAUUAACAGAGAGAGGGUAGCUGUAUUCCCCUCAAAGUUGUUUAUACGCUAUCCGUUAUCGAUACGCAUGGUUGCUAUGACGACGAAUUAUAAACGUUUCCACUGAAUUCCAAAUAUCUGGCUCUACGAACCGAUUUAUCUAUCAGAGAGCAGUUUAACGAGUAAAUAAAGAGCAGAAAUGGCGAUGAAUAAUAAUAUAGAUACUGUUUUAAGCCUUCUAGGGUGGGAAGAUGGAUUCAAAAUUCCAGUUUCAAAUGCGGAGAAUAAACAAUUAGAAGAAGAAAUCGAAAGCAAAAUGAAACUGAAAGAAAAUUUAAGUGGGAAAUUCCAGUCUGCGAAGGAAAAACUUACAAUGAUGAAAAAUCGUCUAAACACUUUGAAAACGGAGCAAGAUAUGAAUCAAAAGCUUCUCAACACGCACUCUGUGCAACUUGAAACUGAAAACCACCAUUACAGACUGAACUGCAGCACAGAAUCGAGUUUGCGGCAAGAUGCGCGAAAUUUUGAAAAGGAAUGGAAGAAAGUGAAUGAGGCAGUGACAAAUGUUACAAAAGAAUUAGAAAAAAUGACAAAAAAGAUUGAGGCAGCAAAAAACGCGGUAAAAUACGAUGAAAAAAACUUGAAAGAAUGGGAAGAUUCAUUGAAUCAAAACGAGGAUAAUAAUCAACUUAUAGAACAAUAUCUGAAAGAAGAUUCGAAAGAGUACAAUGAAAUGGAAUUGAAAAGGCAGAAACUGUGUAAAGAAUUGCAAACCUACCGUGAGGCAAUUAUUAAAAUAACUAAUGAAGGACGAGAGACUGAAAUUGUUCUUGAUCGCACAACCAAAUUGUACAAUCAAGCGUCAGCGGACUAUCGACAAAUAUGCAAUCAAUGGAGGGAAAGUGUUGUCAUGUUGCAACAGAAAAACGACGAUAUUCAACGUGUUCUUAAAGAAACUGAAUCACUGCAAGAGAUCACACAAGAUAAAAGAAAUGCACUUGAGGAAUCAGAGAAGUUUUUAAGGGAUCAAAGAGAAAACAAUAGACAAGUUGAAGAAUUGAUUAAAAAAUUGGAGAAAAAUCUUUGUAAUAUAAAAGAAGAACAGCAAAAAGCAAAAGAAACGCACAGUGCAUAUGAGAACCAACUUGUCAUACAAAAAAAUAUCAUAAAAGAAUCUACCAACCGUGUGGAACAUCUACGGAAUGACAUAAAACGCAAAGAGGCUGAAAUUCAAAAUAAAUCAAUGAAAAUCGAGAAGUUAAACUUGCAAGUAGCUGAAUUAACCAAAAAAUUGCAAGAUAUUGGUGACCAAGAAUUAGAUAUAAAAGAAAAAGCAAAAGAGCUAGAAAAGAUGUUUCAGGAACAAGAAAAGAAGAAAGUUACAAUAAUUAAAGAAGUAAACCGAUUACAAAACGCAAAUUUGCGCGUUAGAAAUCAGAUACAAAAAUUAGAAGAUGAAAGGAAGAUUGCAAGAAUGCAGUAUCUGAAUGAAUCUAAAAAGUACGAAUAUUUGGACAAGCUGUGUUCUAAAGAUGAAAAGAUUUUGGAGGAAGCGAAGCAAACAUUAUAUCAAGUGGAUUUCGAAUUACAAAAGUCCGAAAUGAAAUUAGAUAGAUUAAGAGGUCAUGAACGGGAUAAGUCUGAAGCAGAAAGAAAACAAAUAAAAAUUGAAGAACUAAAGGGCACCUUAGACGAAAAGAUGAAAAUAUCAAAAUUGUUACAAAGUCAAAUCACAAACUUAGAAUAUGACAUGAGAAAAAUGACCAAUAGUAUUGCAAGUGACAACAAUGAAUUAGAGUAUCUAAGAAACAAAAGGCAGGAUUUAGUUCUUUUAACGGAUGCAGGAGAGAAACAAUUGAAAGCAGCUCAAAAUUGUUAUGAAGAGAAACAAGUAGAAGAAAGUGUUUUGCGACUUAAAGUAUCACAGCUGGAGAAAAUGAUAUCUAGCAUUGGGAAUAGUGUUUAUGACUUGGAAAGAUAUCGACUCGAGUUGGAAGCAGCAGUGAAAGAACGCAAGGCAGAAAUAGCUGUACAAAAAGAAACGCUUAUCAUUGAAAAGAGGAUUGCUAAUAGUGAAUGUUCAGAAGUAAAAAAUGCUAUAGCUGAACGAAAUAUUCGAAUAAAACAACUACAAGCAAGGUAUGAAAAUGGUAUAGCUAUGUUAGGCACUAAUCCUGAUGGUACUCCAAUCAAUACUACCCAAUUGAAGAUUCAAAAUGCACAAGAAAGAUAUCUUUUACAAGAGCAAGGUGAUAAGUUAGAUGAAACCAUAACGAAAACUGAACUUGAAAUACAAGCCAUGGAAAACACGUUAAGAGUAAUAAAUGUUUGUAAUGACAAAUACAAAUUAACAACCUUGUCCACGGAUGAAAAAAAUAAACCUGAACAAGAAGAGCAUAGAAAAUUGGAUGAAGAAUUACAAAAUAUGGAGCAAACUUUAAAACAAAAAAAUUGUGAACUAAACUGCUUAACUGAAAAUCUACAGAAAAUGCAAAAUGAAUAUGUUGGAGUCUUAAAACAGAUUGAUGAAAUUCAAGAACAGAAAGAAAAUAAAAAUCAAUACAUGGUUGAGUUAAGGCAACAAAUUCGUGAACAAGAAGGAAAAAUAUUAAGAGCUGACAAAAGUUUAAAAAAUGUACAAAAAGCUAUUCAACAAAAAAGUCUUACUACAGGGGAUUCGUUAGUGCUUAUACAAGAAAAAGAGAUAGAACUGCGUGAACUACAAGAACAAAAUUUUAUUCUUUCGCAAAAUAUUGCAGAAUUUACAAUUCACCAUGUGGAAGCAGAAGCUUAUAUCAAGAAGCUUCUAGCUGCUAAAAAUAUGGAGUUACCAUCUAUUCCAUUAACUAUACAGACACCAAUGUCCAAUCAUUCCCAUAAUUCUCCUAAUUCGAUAGAAUAUGUGUCAAAUAGUACACAUCGUAAAAGCAUUAUUUCAUCAUCUAGAGAAAGUAUUGGUAAAGUUGUCAAUAUUAUGCCUGAGUUUCAAACAAUUGCAUCAAAGGCUUCCAACAAAAGGUUUACAAGACAUGAAAAACAAUCAUCUGUAA